AUGCCAGCAACGGCACAGGCUUUCAAUAGGAUAUUGGACGAUCUUGCUCGACGGCAGCUUCUUCUUGAUUUUCAAUUUGGUGCUGCCGGUAGUAGCUACGAAGCAAUUCGAAAUAUUGGUGCCGGAGCAUUUGGGAUAGUUUGCGAAGCGAUUGAAACAAUUACGGGCAAAAAAGUUGCAAUUAAAAAGAUCGGUCAUGCAUCUGCAACUCCAACUUCUGCUAGACGUACAUUACGUGAAAUACGCGUUUUACGUUACAUUACUCAUGAUAACAUCGUUAGCCUCAGGGAUAUUUUUCGAACACCUGGGACUUUAGGUAUAAAUGUUUAUCUUGUAAUGGACUUGAUGGAAGGUAACUUACAUCAUCUUAUUUACUGUGGUGGUCCUAUGGAAGACGAUUUGAUCGCGCAUUUCUUGUAUCAAAUACUACGAGGUCUUAGGCACAUACAUACUGCUGGUAUAGCUCAUAGGGACUUGAAACCAUCAAAUUUACUUGUGAAUAGUGACUGCCAUUUACGUAUUGCUGAUUUUGGCAUGGCAAAAUUAGCAAUGAAAAAUCAAAUUGAAGAAGCAGAAGAGCAUUCAUUCUACAUGACACAACAUAUCACUACACUUCCAUAUAGAGCUCCUGAACUUUUGUUCGUCAUGCCUGAACAUUCAACAGCUGUAGAUUUAUGGGCAGUUGCUUGCAUUUUUGCUGAAAUGAUGAUUCGUCGGGAAUUAUUUCCAGGUCGAAGUGUCAGUGGGCAAAUAAAAAUUAUUGUUACUAUGUUAGGUGCACCUUCUGGAAAGGUUUUGAGUCAAAUUCAAUGCGAACGUACACGACGUUUGAUCGAAAAUUUCGGUGAUCAUCCGGUGCGACCAUGGAGCGAAAUUAUACGCGACAAAGCCAAUUCAUUUGAAACUUUGGAUCUAAUUGCCAAAAUGGCAAAAAUGGAUCCUGAGGAGCGGAUCAAUGUUGAUGAAGCUAUUCAACAUCCAUAUUUCAAAGAAUAUCACCCUAAUCUUAAUAAUGAAAGCGCUUGCCCAUUUAAAGUAAAAAUGGACAUGGCUGCAAUCGAAACACUUUCACAUGAGGGUCUUGUUCAGGCUUUAAUUAAUGAUGUUCGUAGUGCUGAUGAAGCAGAAUUCACAAGUCCUUCAACCGAUGUAGCACUCACAUCAGGAGAUUCAUCUUCAGGAAUAUCAGAGGGAAGUACAUCAGCAAGUGAAGAUUUCCGACAAAUUACAUCCAGUACAGAUGAAAGUAUGGCUGAAUACAGAACCAGUUAG